UCUUUCUGAUUCUGUAGAAAAAAAAAAAAAAGCCGCACCACCCCCCACACCACCACAGAAAAUUUCUUGCAAAACUCUUUCUUCUCUUCUCUCCUCUUUCUAUCUUUACGCUUCCUUCUCCUUCUCUUCUAUACUUUUCUCUCUGUCUAAACCAGUGCAGGUUCAGAGUUUAUUCGGUUAAACUGAUCGUCCAUUGAGAUGUGAUUUGUGGAUCAAGCGAUGACUACCAACAAGAACGCCAACACAGAACCGUCUCUGGGAGAUGGCGGUGCUGCUCAACCUCCUGCUGGACCUCCGCCGCAGGGACAGUCUGAAGAUGUUCGUUCCCGGGCUGGGAAUUCGGUUUUUAAGAGUGGGCCUCUUUUUAUAUCAUCUAAAGGAAUUGGCUGGACAUCCUGGAAGAAGCGUUGGUUUAUUCUUACGCGAACUUCACUGGUUUUCUUCAGAAGUGAUCCAAGUGCUGCUACUCAAAAAGGGAGUGAAGUGAACUUGACUCUUGGUGGUAUUGACCUCAACAAUUCAGGCAGUGUGGUCGUGAAAUCAGACAAAAAACUAUUGACUGUUCUCUUUCCUGAUGGUCGUGAUGGGAGAGCUUUCACUCUUAAGGCUGAAACUUUAGAAGAUUUAUAUGAGUGGAAGACUGCUCUUGAGAAUGCUCUGGCACAAGCACCAACUGCUGCUCUUGUGAUUGGGCAAAAUGGUAUCUUCAAGAAUGAUCAGAAUGAUGGAACUGAUUGUUCUAUAGACCAUUGUGCAGUAACAUUGAAGGAUAAAGUGCCCGUGAAAGCUUUGGUCAUUGGCAGACCAGUUUUACUUGCUCUAGAAGAUGUUGAUGGUUCUCCGUCUUUCCUAGAAAAAGCUCUUAGAUUUAUCGAAGAGCAUGGAGUAAAGGUGGAAGGAAUCUUACGGCAAGCUGCAGCUGUUGAUGAUGUUGAGCAUCGAAUUCGGGAAUAUGAACAAGGAAAAUCAGAGUUCUCUCCAGAGGAAGAUGCACAUGUAAUUGCUGAUUGUGUCAAGUUUUUCCUCCGUGAGUUGCCAUCCUCUCCUGUCCCUGCAUCUUGCUGCAAUGCACUGCUAGAAGCAUUUCGAAAAGAUCGUGGCAAUCGAGUUAAUGCCAUGCGAGUAGCAAUAUUAGAAACCUUCCCUGAGCCAAAUCGUCGCUUAUUACAAAGAAUUUUACUGAUGAUGCAAACUGUGGCUUCCCACAAAGCUGUGAAUCGAAUGAGCACUUCAGCUGUUGCUGCUUGUAUGGCACCUUUACUUCUUCGUCCCCUUUUAGCUGGCGAGUGUGAAAUUGGAAAUGAUUUUGAUAUGGGAGGUGAUGGUUCCAUUCAACUUCUGCAAGCAGCUGCUGCAGCUAACCAUGCUCAAGCCAUUGUUAUAACAUUAUUGGAGGAGUAUGAUAAGAUAUUCAGUGAAGGCGUCAUGUCCCCUGGAUUAUACUCCGACUCAGAAGAGUGUGAAAGUGAGGAUGAGGAGGUAACAGAUGAUGAUGAAUCCUAUGAAGAUGAUGAACAGGACGAUGUAUCACAAGAGUCUGAUGCAUAUUCAGAAGAUGAUAUUGACAAUGUAUCAACCGGAACUGAGAGUGGUGAAUCUGGGGACAAUGAUAUGUCUGAGAAUAAGAUGCAGGGUGAUGAUCAUAGCUCUGGUUCUGACUCCCCUCAUGUAGAUAAUGAUUGUAGAGUUGAAGAAGAGUUGUCAAAUUCAGUUCAAACUUCAGUACCUUCACAUCAUGAUGUAGAAAGGAGUGAGAAUAUUCUGGGCCAAAAUAACAAUAAUUUGCCAAAACAAAGCAUUGAGUCAGGCAAAUUGGCAGGAGGAUUUCCUGGAGAAACAAUUUUGGAAAAAAUACAAACGGGUUAUCCAUCUGCUUUCAUUCAAAAAUCUGUGAGCAUGUCCAAUGGAGAGGAGCAUAAGUCUUCAACCAUUUUGGACCAAAUCUCUGCAAGGAAGAACCUAUCUAUGGAAUCCAUUGAUUAUGAUUUUGAUGAUGAAGUUGAAAUCCAGAAGCUGGAGGCUACUAAAAUUGACUUGCAAAAUAGAAUUUGUGAUGAGGUUAAAGAUAAUGCAGUUUUGCAAGCCAACUUGGAAAAACGAAAGAAGGCAUUGCAUGAGCGCCGUCUAGCCCUUGAGCAAGAUGUGGCAAGACUACAGGAAGAGCUGCAAAAGGAGAGGGAUAAGAGGAUGGUUCUGGAAGCAGGACUUAACAAAUCUCAGGCACACCAAUCUAUUCCAGCUAUAAUUGAUGAAAAAAUGAAGGCGGACCUUGAGGAAAUAAGUCAAGCAGAGGCUGAUGUCUCCAAUUUGAAGCAAAAGGUGGAUGAUCUCAGUGUGCAGCUAAAUCAACAGAUUGAGCAAAACUAUGGCUACACACAUGAUUCAAGCAAUCAGCCAAUGCAUACUUCAAAUCAUCAAGCAAAGCGGAAAGAUAAACAGAGAGAUACUGAAGGUAAUGCUACUUCAAAUCUUGGUGGGUCUGCAAACAAGGAUACUUGUGCAGACGAAUCAACUAAUUUAACAAACAAGCCUGCACCUCAAAACCAACAGCCAGAUCCAGCACGAAGCAGCAACUCCAGGUCUUCAACCAAUUCCAAGAAGUCUAGCUUGAGAAGUGAGGGGGUGAAUUCUACAACUUUUGCACUGACAAAGUUGACAACCCGACUCAAUUUUCUGAAGGAGCGGCGUAGCCAGCUUACUAGUGAACUCCAAAAUAUGGAUAAAGGCCGAGCUUCAGGUCAUGCAACUACAACUAAUAAAGUUAGAGGAUCAGAGGUCCGUCAAUCAUCCCAAAUCCCCGACAAGAGCCAAGGUUCAGAAAUUCAUUCUGUUCAAAAUCCAGAAAAUGAUAGAGGAUCAGAGAGCUCUCAUUGCCUUCUAAACGUAGAUAAAGGACUGGGGACAGAAGGUCAAUCACAUAAAAAUUCUGAAAAAUCUCGAAGAUCGGAUAAUCACCUAGAUGGAGGGAAAUCUUCGGAAAGUCAACAUCCCCAAGAUUCGGAGAAAGGAAAAUCUGAAGGCCAUGGAUCUCAUAAUUCUGGCAAAGUUAAAGGAUUGGGAGGCCAACCUCAGGCGACUCCAAGAACCAACUCCAGAUGAUGCUAAAUGAUUAUCAUUUUUGUGCACAAACUAGCAUUGUUUAUGUCCUUCCUCGGCAAUUUGUGUGAGAUGGAUCAUACACUUGGUAAAUGGAGAUAGCAAUGCAUCAAGGUGCUUGAUGCCUACAAUGAAGAAGUUGCUCAAAGUCCGGACACAUCCCAUAAGCCCUAGAUGUACAUAUCAACCAUUUCCUUGAAGUAAGUUGAGUUGUACAAGUUGAAUGGCUUGGAAGUUAAAAGUUAGUUGCUGAUAUUUUACUGGUUUAGAGCCAAAGCAGGAGUUCGAAGCAUCCUUUGUAUAAAUGCAAUUUUUAAUGUAAUUAGAGUUGCUCGGCCAGUGUGCUCUUACAGGACCUGGAAUCAAGCCUUCACCUACCGUCUUGAGGGUUUAAUUCAGAUACAUCGAUUAUCCUAGAGAUCAUUUUGAUUAGAUGAUUUUCAUUACCCAGUUUCUGCAA